AUGUCUUCGUGCCAAUCUAGGCAAUCUAGGGCAGUUUUCGUGCAGGACAACAGUCACUUGCGCCGUGUCAAGAACUGGACAGCGCAACCACAGUGGCGACAGAGCCCUGCUUUUGAUAUCCCAGUCAGUGAUCAGUUUCCAGACAAUCAGUUCCCGCUUGGGGAAUGCGUUGAGUAUGUCGGAAAGAAUGCCUUCCGCACAACUUCUGCUGAGAAGCGUGAGUUGGAGCGGCUGCAAUCCUAUGACUGCGAGAAGAUCCGCAAGGCGGGUGAAGUGCAUCGUCAGGUGAGGAGGUACGUCCAGUCCUACGUCAAGCCUGGCAUGAAAAUGACCGAGAUUUGUCAAAGACUCGAGCGAAAAACGCACGAGCUGGUCGUGGCGAACGGCCUGGAAGCUGGUUGGGGCUUCCCCACUGGCUGCUCACUGAAUUGGGUGGCAGCCCACUACACACCCAACUACGGGGACGAAACUGUCCUUCAGUUCGACGAUGUUUGCAAGCUGGACUUUGGUGUCCAAGUAGGUGGACGCAUUGUCGAUUGCGCCUUCACCAUAGCAUUCAAUGAAAGGUAUGAUCCGAUCAUUGAAGCCACGCAAGCGGGCACCAACACUGGUGUCAAGGAAGCUGGCAUUGAUGCUCGCUUUUCUGAUAUUGGGGCAGCAAUACAAGAAACCAUUGAGUCUUACGAAAUCGAGCUCAAUGGCAAGACGUUCCCCAUCAAGCCGGUGCGAAACCUCAACGGCCAUUCCAUUGGGCCCUACCUUAUCCACGGUGGCAAAUCGGUUCCCAUUACCAAGAACCAGGAAGCCACCAUCAUGGAAGAGGGCGAAUUCUAUGCCAUUGAGACCUUCGCAUCAAACGGCAAAGCGUACGUGGUGGAGGACUUGGAGUGCUCCCACUACAUGAAGAUCUACGAUGCGCCGCAUGUUCCUUUGCGAGUAAAGAGUUCAAAGGCCCUGCUCCAUGCCAUCGAGCAGAACUUUGGAACGCUGGCGUUUUGUCGGCGGUGGCUGGACGAUCUCGGCCAGACUCGUCAUUUGAUGGCUCUGAAAAAUCUGGUUGACAAUGACAUCGUGCAACCAUAUCCACCUCUUUGCGAUGCAAAGGGCUCGUACGUCACGCAGAUGGAACACACCAUUCUUCUUCGGCCAACAUGCAAGGAGGACUCGGCUUCUGAACUCCCGCAGCAGCUCCAACGCCUCGUGCUGGAGCAAUUUAAAGCGCGAAAUGAUGGGAGUCCUGAAGGUGUUCAUUCGAAGCAGAGCCAAGUCCUGUCAGCACAGUGGGUUUGGUUGGCUUCGCGUGGCCCUUCUCAAUUGGCACCACGCAGCGCACCAUCAGCCGAGACGAGGCCAUUACAGGCUGAAGUUUCAAGUCGCGGCGCGGUGACACUUCCAGGAGGCGCAUUGCUCAUUGGAGGUUCCGUACUGAUGGCCUCUUCAAGGCAUGGCUUGAAGCGCCUGAGACGAAAUGCAGAGGGUGAGAGUCCCGUGGACGUGGCAAGACGCCUGGGCAAGCAAGCACGAGAAACUGUUGAGCGAACGACUCAGCUGGCACAGGAAGUGGUGGAGGCGCCAGGGAAAGCUGCCCAAGCUGCCAGCAAAACUGCACAAAGCAUUGGUGCCCAAGCACAGAACAUUAGCACGCAAGCUUCAUUGUUGAAAGACAACCUGGGCAACCUGAAGGCUGUGCCUUCCGAGCUGGGAGAGAAGUUCCAGCGGCCUUUCAAGGAGGUAUCCUCGGCAGCCAAAGGAGCAGGAGACAAGUUGGCGAAUUUGAAGGCACCAAAGCCAAAGAAAGUUGAUGGCCCCAACGUCAUUGAAAAGGUUUCAAAAAUCCCUGGGAACAUUUCAAAGAUCCCUGGGGACAUCAGCAAGCGCUUCCAAGAGACCGCUGAAGGUGUGGAGAAGACCGUGACUGGGAUCAUUGAGCUCCCAGACCGCUUGAGCAAAGGUGCUUCUCGCGCAUCUGAAGCUGUGGUGAGCACCGGUGAAGCCCUCGCCAAGUUUCCAGGAAAGGUGCAGGCCACAGCGGAGUAUGUGGCCAAGCUGCCUGGGAACACGGCGAAGAAGGUUGAAGACUUUGUCGAUGGAGUGAACAACGUGGUAACAAACGUGGCAAGCCUGCCAGGGCGAACAGCCAAGUCAGUGGAUGCUACCGUGACAGGCGUUACUCGAACUGCUGAGGCAAUUGUAAGCUUGCCAAGCCGUGUCAAGGAAACCGCGGAUAACGUGGUCGGCGGCGUCACCUCAACGGUGGACACUGUGACCAGCGUCCCCAAAAAGGUCAAGGAUUCUGUCGAUUCCGUGAAACAAUCAGUGGACAAUGUUGCAAGCAUCCCCGGAAACAUCAAAAGCUCCGUUGAUGGAGUGAUCACGACAGGAAAGAAUCUGGUGGGUGCUGUGGAAGGAGUCGCGAAUUUUUUCGCCGGUGGUGUGUCGGCCAUAGCUUCUGCUGCGGGCGCUCUGACGGAACUCGCCAAGAAAUCGGAACCCCCAAAGGCUCCACCGAAGCCUUCAGCUCCGGCGGCUCCCGCGGCCGUGGCUCCCGUGGCUCCCGCGGCUCCACCCGCGGCAAAGGAGGCUCAAAAAUCGCCGGAAGAUACUCCAAACAAGGCAGCACGAGAGAAGGCCUCCAAGCAGUUCAAGGCCGACUUGGAGGCAGCCCAGGCCAUGGAUAGUCCACGCCCAGCAGAACAGCCCAAGAGCUCCAAAAAAGCCAUGGCCUCCUCUGAGCUGGCAGGUGCUUUGAACAGGCGGCGGGAACUAGCAGAGGCUGAUGGUGCAGUUUUUGAGGGCUCACCACGUGCCUCUGCGGCCGACACUGCGUGGGACCAGCGCCAUGAAACGCAGUUCACGCCCCGCGGGAAACAUCGCAAGCCAGAUGUGGGACGCCUGCAGUUGCCGCAGGAGGCUCCAGAUUUGUGUCAGAAAUGGCAUUGCGGUUCCCAGUUGAAGGAGCUGGAUGGAACAGGAGAUCCUGCCUCCUGGCAAGGCGAGGGAACUGGACGGCAUUCCUUGAAGAUUUGUGCUCAGCCGUUAGGGCCGAGCCUGAGCGUGAUGCCAGCAGUGCAGAGGAAAGGUGCCAAAGCUGCCAAAGACCGAAGCGACCGAGCAGAGCAACUCGACGUCGACACUGUGCUUUUGCAAAAUGCAGCUCCGACAAAAUGGACCGAUUCCUUCAUCCUUUUACGAUUGUUGCAGUGGGCUAUCAACUGCGCAGACAACUAUUUCAGGGCACCGGACACACGCUCCGGAAAGAAGAAACAAGAGGAGCCUGAGCUGCCGUUUAAAGAGGCGGCCAUGCAGUAUGUCCAGGCACAUAAAGUACCUUUAGGCUUGAUGGCCAUUUUUGUGGCUACUUGUGCCAUCAUCAUUGCUGGUGAGAAUUUGGACACACAGAUAGAUCGUCAGGUAGAAACAGUGGACGAUUACUAUGGAGUACUCGGGGUGACCCGUGAUGCAGAAACGGGUGACAUCAAACGUGCCUACAAGACGUUGGCAAAGAGAUGGCAUCCAGACAGGAAUCCGAACUGCAGCUCUUGCCAGGAGGCAUUUUCGAAGAUUGCCAUCGCCUACGAGACUCUCUCAGAUGAGUCUAAGCGCGGGGCAUAUGAUGAAGCUGGUGGAGUGGCAGCAUCAGAGCUAAAAUCUGCCAAAAGUGUACCCUUGACGAGAGACAAUUUUCAUGAGCUUGUGACUUUCUCCAAUGAUGUUUGGAUUGUGCAGGUGUUUCGGCCUGACAACCCACACUGUGCUUCGUUCCACCCCUUUUGGGAGAAUCAGAUUCAGAAAUACGGGCACCUCGUGCGCUUUGGUCGGAUAGAUCUCACAGAUGACCAAGCCAAGUGGCUUCCGUUGAAGGUGAGAGUACUUCCAACUGUACUGAAAUUUGCAAAGCAUUUGGGCAACGUGGAGAUUUUCCCAAUCACUCAGAUGCACGAAACUCCACAGGCCUUGAUGAAGUUUGUGCUCACCUCCUUUCCGAACAUCGGAUUGCCCUUGAAUGUGGAUAAAGGAGCUUUGACCUCCUGGCUCAGCAAAUCGACAAGGCGUCACAAGGUGCUUUUUGCCAUUCCCGGAAAAAGUGAGGAGGAGCGAUACAAGUCUCACCUAAUUUGCCGAAAACUGGCUGCCCGCUGGUCGGAGAUUUUUGAAAUGCGGUCAGCUGAAAUGGCCAUUUUACAUCAGCUCCAAGGCUUGCAAGAAGUAAAGGCAGCCUUGCCUGCUGAGAGCCAGAAAGCUGCCGUGCUCUUCUUUCCUGCUGCUGGAGUUACUGUGCCCAAGGCCUCUGCGGCCUUUGACUGGCCCAGUGGUGAGGAGGAAAUUGUGUUGGAACUCUUGCGUUUCACGGAAAAAGUAGGUGUUCCGCUCAGUGUACAGAAUGCUGAGCUCAUGUGCCGAUCUUUGGUGAUCCGCCGCGUGUACUGUUUGGUGCUAGUGGAUGCUUCAGAUUUCGCCAUGGCACGAGCAGCACAAGAUCUAGGUGCUUCCAGAAGCCAAUACCAAGGCGAGGUUGCUGAGAUUCGUGCAGGUGGUGGAGAGGUCUCUGAGGAUGAGGAUAACUUUGUUGUGCCGAUUCUGAGACUUUUGAGAAAUCCCCAGCGAUGGUUUCAAUCUCCUUCCAUCGCGUCUUGCUACGCACCCAAGUUUCCAGAGGUGGAAAAAGCCUUAGGAGCUUCUAGUGCUUUCCUCAUGGACCUUGAUACAUCGCGUAUUGUCCCUUUGCGCCUGUCAUCCUUCCGUGGGCUUUACCCUCAGAUUGCUUAUGAGGACAGCCUUACGUGGGUUGAAGGCUGGGAUCCUAUUCGAUCCCUGCCAGACUGCAGCGAGGGCUUGUGGCAGCGCUUCAUGCGGAACUUGGUGAAUGCCUCCAUCAGUGAAGUCCUAUGGCAACUUCUUUGUGCCUUGUUCUUGGUGGAGGCUGCAGCAAAGGCUCUGACAAGCCAAUCAUGGCGCUGGUGGCUGGGUGUGCUUGGAAUGUCCUUGGCCCUGUUGAUGCGAUCACCCCCCUUUUGGCGCCAUCUAGAUGCAUACAUUCCGGAAUUCCUCCGAGCAGGUCAGCUCAUUGCGCCGUGAAACUGCCUUGGUGACGAGGAAAAGCGUGCAACAUCACAGUCUCAGCAGAUCUGGGGGGAAGGCGAAAUCACACGCGGGCGCCACGUUUUUGGGCCCUUCAGGUGCGCUGUACGAAAAGCCCCACUCACCUUGCC